AUGGAAUUGACAGAGGAUGAAGCUAAUAAAAUAGGUGGUGUACAACAUGAUGGAGUGGUGUUUGUCUUUCCCAAUGAAAAAAGACAGCUCCUUACCACAAGAUCGUGGGAUUUUAUUGGCUUGCCAUUAUCUGUGGAGAGGGCACAUUCUGAAAGUGAUAUUAUCAUUGGAGUGAUUGAUUCUGGAAUUUGGCCAGAAUCUUCCAGUUUCAAUGUUGAAGGAUUGAGCUCACCACCUAGAAAAUGGAAAUGCGCUUGUCAAGCUAUUGAAUUCAAAUCUAGACACUAUAAAAGUUAUUAUCCAAAAGACUUCUUCAAGGAAAAUAUUGUAUCUCUUGGAGAUACAAGUGAGCAUGGGACACAUACAACAUCAACAGCGGUUGGGAACCCAGUUAGCAUUGCAAAUAUGUUUGGCCUCAGAAAAGGAACAAUAAAAGGCGGAGCUUCAUCAGCACGAAUCGUUGUUUAUAAAAUUAACACGGUUAUAGACGCAAAUGGGUUGGUUUUGGAACAAAUUAAUUCGGAGAUUACCACGGUUGGUCUGAUUCGACAUCGGAACAUUCUACCACUGUUGGUUCAUAUUCGUAGAUCUGACUGUCAUUACAUGGUGUACGAGUACAUGAAGAACAGGAGUUUGCACAAUAUGUUGAAAAAAUUUGAAAGAGGAGAAAAGGAGUUUGACUGGUUGUCAAGGUAUAAGAUCGCAACUCAUAGAAGUGUUGAUCAUGCCUCUGAAACAUGGGGAUAUAUGGCGCCAGGGUAUAACCAAUACGGAUGCAGUAGUGAUAAGAGUGACAUAUAUAGUUUUGGUGUUAUUCUUGGUGUUUUGGGCACUUCUCUUAAUACGUUUGACCUAAAAGGAAAAUUGUAUCCAAUUAUCUAUAGCAGAGAUGUACCAAAUAAGGGAGCAGGCUUUAAUGGAUAUUCAUCCAGGUAUUGA